AUGGCCGCGCCGAGCCCGGGGCCCCGCGAGAUCCUGGCCCCCUCCCCAGAGGCUGGACGCAGAGCAGCUGCUUCAAGCUCUGGCCACCGUGGGCUCCUCUGGCGUCUACGAGACAAGCAGUGUCGCCUGGGACUGUUUGAGAUUGGCCCCGGGCACGAGUUGCACCAGGUGAUGUGCCUGAUGCAGGCAGGGCUGUGGGCUGCCACUCAAGUGUCCAUGGACCACCCGCCCACGGGGCUGCCCACAGAGGAGGAUUUUUCCGAAGUCCUGACCCAGGUUCAUGAGGGCUUCGAGCUGGGCACCUUGGCUGGCCCCGCCUUUGCCCGACUGCGGCGCUCCCUGGGGCUGGCCGAGGAGGACUACCAGGCCGCGCUGGGUCCCGGCCGCCCCUACCUGCAGUUCCUCAGCACCUCCAAGAGCAAGGCCAGCUUCUUUCUGUCCCACGACCAACGCUUCUUCCUGAAGACCCUGAGGAGCCGGGAGGUGCAGGCGCUGCUCGCCCAUCUGCCCCGCUACGUGCAUCACCUGCAGCGACACCCACACUCACUGCUCGCACGGUUGCUGGGAGUGCACAGUCUGCGGGUGGCUCGGGGAAAGAAGAAAUACUUCAUCGUCAUGCAGAGCGUCUUCUAUCCCGCCGGCCGCAUCUCUGAGAGGUAUGACAUCAAGGGCUGCGAGGUGAGCCGUUGGGUGGAGCCCGCCCCUGAGGGCAGCCUCCUUGUGCUGGUGCUGAAAGACCUCAACUUUCAGGGCAAGACCAUCAAUCUGGGGCCCCAGCGGAGCUGGUUCCUCCGCCAGAUGGAAUUGGACACCGCCUUCCUCCGGGAGCUCAACGUACUGGAUUACAGCCUCCUGAUGGCCUUCCAGCGUCUUCAUGAGGAUGAGAGGGGCCCAGGCAGUAGCCUUAUCUUCCGCACAGCCAGGUCUAUACGAGGGGCGCAGAGCGCCGAGGAGUCGGGAGCCCAGAACCGCCGACUGCUGCCCGACGCCCCCAACGCCCUACACAUCGUGGACGGGCCGGAGCAUCGCUAUUUCCUAGGCCUGGUAGACCUCACCACGGUCUACGGGCUCCGCAAGCGGCUGGAGCAACUGUGGAAGACGCUGCGCUACCCAGGCCGGACCUUCUCAACCGUCAGCCCAGCUUGCUAUGCCCGUCGCCUUUGCCAGUGGGCGGAGGCGCACACGGAGUGACCGGCGCGCAGCCGCUGUCUCCCCAUCUGGACACAUGGGACCACGCCGGGGACGCGGGUUCCAGCCUGGCCCCUCGCCUGCCGUUCCUCCGGUUGGCCUCCAGAGGGCGGCAUCCCCUAAUACUAUGAACUCAUUUUGCUGGGGAAUGCUGUGCCUGGCAUUGUGCCAGGGACUACCCUAACGUGAGAUUAUUUAAUUCUCAAAAAAAAAGAGAAAAGCUACUAUUCUUUUUUACAGACCAUGAAAUGAAGGUUCAGGGGGUGAAGGGACUGAACAAAAUCAUUCAGCAAUAAAUGCGAGAACCAGGACUCAA